UUCAUAGCUUGUUGAUGGCGUCUAAAAAAAUCCCGCUAGCUCCGUAUUUUAAGCUCAACAAUGAACUGUACUUUAAUUUCAUGCGUGUCUGCAUAACUCCUUCAACCGACUGAAAACUGGCUAAUCACUGUUUAAUACAGAAUGCUUCAGCUGGCUAGUUUGCUUCUUAGCUACGAAGCUAACUAGCUACAGAGUUGGGCGUCUCUACAGCGGUUUUAUUUUUCCUAUCCGAAUUCUGGCUAGCGCCGCCCACAACGCGAUGAUUGGUUCGGAGUGGAACUGUCGUGCGCGGAUUAGUGAAGUCUUAUCCAAUCAGGAUGAACGAGGCGAUACAUAUAGGUGUCAGUCUUUUCGGAAUACGGGUGUGGAGAAAAAUAACGCUAGCGCAAAGGGGGCCUGGUGUUGCGGAGCUAAGCUAGUGUUAGCUUACUGCAUUAUAAAACAGGUUGCGUAAAUUAAAUAAAAUAUAUAAAUAUAUAUAUUGAAGGGAAACACUGUAAACAAAAGAAAGUUUAUUUAAAACACGGGGUCAAUCGUCAUGGGAUUGCGUUUUAAUGCUAAUAAUAGUAUAAUGAUGUUAAUAAUAAAAUAAGAUGCUAAUGCUGUAAUCAGAAAUGCUAAUAAUAUUUUACAGCCAGAGGGAGACUGCAGGGUUUAACACGACGUUUAGGGUUAUUGAUACGAUAAUAUCAAACUGUGAUUUAAAUACAAAGGAGUUUAAUGAAUAAACCUGAUGUUUUAUGAGGAUAUAAAAACAGCCCUGAGAAGUGAAGGUGUAAAUGAUCUCCAUCACUGCAGUCCCUGAAUAAUAAUAAUAAACCCCUGUGGACACAAAGCUCUGUCGCCUCCAACACCAGAGGAAUUAAUCAAACAUUAAACCUGUCCUGGGAUUAAACAUUCACGAUAAUCACUCUGUACCAAGGUGUACUGGCCGUUGAUCUUCACACACACACACACACACACACACACACACAAGAACACUGACCUGGAACACACUGUAGCGGGAAGAACUCCAGAGAAACCCUUGAGAGCUUUACACUCGGUCCUCCACCCACUUCCUGUUCCUCUUCCUUCAGGGAGUUUGGCAUAACGAGGCCUCGAGAGACGGCGAGAGCGCUGCAGACGUGUGACGCGAGCUCCAGGCAAAGCGCUGGGACGGAUUAAACCUCCUCGCCUUAUUCGGGGAAAAUGUCAAACUCAUUUUAAAGCAUAGGAAGGAAGAAGGGAAGGAGGGAGGUUUAGCGUAAAACAAAGACGACGAUGUAACCCGCACCAAAUUUGCGUAAACGCAGCGGGUUUGUUUGGGCGCAGCUUGUGCGCGUUAUCCACCUGCAUGAUAAACCAAUCAGAAUGCAGCUUAAUUAAACUGCACAUCCGUACGUGUCUGGGGAAGUCAACAACAGUGAUGGCGAAAACACACGAAGGGGAAACGAUCAAGUCCUACUGCGCGGCUUUCUGUCCGAAUCCCUCAGGCAUUUUCUCACAGUUUUAACCCGCAAGCUUCAGAUCUUAUCCGUGAGCAUCCGUCCAGCAUGCACAGAUGGGACGCUUUGUCGUGUUGCUUUGCCGUCCUAGUGGAACCGAACCUUUACCUAACCUCUUAGCCAAUCAGAGUAAGGGCUCAUGAACAUGUGCAAGUAGAACCCGAGGCCGAGCAAUGGAUGCCAAGCUUCGAGACGAUUUGUUCCGGAGGUACGUGGCGUUCCUGGAGAAACGGUUGGAAGAAGGAGUGGGCGGAGCUCAGGGAAACGUCCGGGAGGAGGCCCUCGUCUCCACGGCGACCGCCCUGUUGGGGGCGUGCGAAGCGGAGGCGGCGCAGCGGUUUCGCAUGAUCCGGUUUUACGACAUCGUAGAGAACUCCUUGCGAAUGCUGAGAGGCGCGAACCUGCACAGGCUGGAGAGCGCCUUCGCCACGCUGGAGACCGUCUGCACCAACCUGCUGCUGUUCCCCUGGAAGAAAGAGUUCCGCUGCAUCAAGACGUUCACCGGGCCGUACGUUUACCAGCUACAGUCGGCCGUCUACGAGUCCGAUCUCCGCGGCGUCCUGCGCUCUAUGGGCUACUCUCGGGAUCAGGACCUGCAGUAUGUAAUGAGGGAUCAGCAUGUCGGCGCCAGCGGCCAUCACCUCCGCCAGCUGGCGUUCGAGCUGCUCCUGGCGCAGGCCGAGUGCCGCCUGCUGAGAGAGCGUGGAGGGGGUGUGGCCGAGCUGGAGGCCGUGGAGGCGCGCAGGAAUUCCUGUGGAGACGACGUCACACGCUUGUCGGCACGCCAGUCCGACCUGGACCGCGCCCAUCUGAGGCGCAGUGGGCGUCCCUCCAAAUCCGUAGACGUGACAGACGGUGCCGGUCACUGGCACCAAGCCAACAAACCCGUCCUCAAAACGUCACUCAGCCUCCGCAAAGAACCGCUCUUCGUCGACGCUGAGGAGGACCUGAAGGACGAAAUAAUCCGUCCCGUUGGAGACUAUUACCCCUCCCAACCGCCCGACCCAUACGCCUACCACCUCUCCUCUCUGGAUGAGAUCGACCUGUACACGGAGCGAGGGAUGAGCGGGCGCCACACGCCGUCCCGGACACCCAGUAGGGAAUCGUGGGAAUCUUGCACGCCCAAGAGUCACGGGUUAAAGUGUCAGGGCUGUGGCCUAAGCUCGCCGACGCUCUCUUCCUGCCAGAGGUGUGACGCCAUCCUCUGCCCGACGUGCCACGGCUCGGACCCCGCUCCCUGCUGCGGCUUCCCAGACUUCCCGAAAAACUCCUUGCGCCCUCUGGACGGCUACGUCCCCGUCAAGGAGAAGCUUUCGGUCUAUUCCAGCUCGCACCCGCACACUCAUACUCACGCUCACACACACACCCACACUCUGACACACACACACCCGCUCUCUCACUCGCACUCCCACUCGCCUCUUCUGGACAAACCCAUGAUCGGCACCAAGCUGUUCUCGAGCAAGCCGGCCUCGGCGGUAGGGGCGUCGUCAUCGUCGUCCGGCGCCGGGGCGUCGCGCUGCGGCUUCUGCAACAAACCUGGAGCCUCGCACACCUGUGUGAAUUGUUCCAAGGUGUCGUGCGACACAUGUACCAGCCUUUACAUGGGCGACGUGUGCACACGCAAGAGUCUGCAUCACAACUUCAUCCCCAACCACCAGCUCAACUACAAAUCCAGCACCAUCACUCACCUGGUGUACCGAUAAACACAAACCCUCGCUCCGUUUCUUCUUCUCUGGAUUUAUUAUUUCUCCGUCUCUUCAUCAUCCGGUCACGUGAGCUUAUCGUUCUUCCCGCUCCUUUUAACCUUUACUCUCCUGCCUUGACUUUCUUGAUCGUAGAGAGGAAGAAGAACAAAAAGGGGAUGCCGGAACAAAAGAAACAAACAAACAAACAAACAAAAGCCCAGAUUGAACAAUGACAACGAUGACAUAUGCAACGUACGUCAUGUAAGAGACUGCGAAUUUCAUUUCUCUCUCUUUUUCUCUGGAAACGAGACGAAGCCUGAACAAAGAGAAGACACAAAGAACAAACACUGGAAACUCAGUAGUAUAUAUAUUUUGAAACUUAAUUCUAUAGAGAUCCGUGCAAGAGUUCGGGAACGGUUCCGCCGCCGUGUAAUGUCCGAUCGGAUGAGAAAUAUUUUCACGUGUCCCAUAAAGCUGUCCAAAAAUGCUGCUGUGAAAUAAAUCAGGUGGAGAAAGUU